GUCAACACGGGUCGUAGUGCGAUAAAAUAUGGCGACGAUGCUGAUCAAUGUUCUACCCGCAACAUUAACCGGAUUCUCGUGUUAAAUUCGUGGAUCAUCUUGUAUUUACGAGUCUUACUAUUUACACGGAUUAUCGCCUGACAGCUCAAAUCAUCAUUUUUUAUUGUUUCUGUGCACAGCCGAUUACGACUUUUAGUAUUCAAUGGCAACAAAAGCUCCAGGAAACUUUUCUUGGGUUGAUAAGGGAAAGGUAGCUGGAUUGGCAUUCCCGCACACUGCUGAACAUUUGCACUACAUCCAUGAACAAGGUGUGCACCAUCUCGUCACCUUGACAAUGAACUCGCCUCCUAUGGAUACGUGCCCUAUGUUAAAGUGGCACAGGAUUAAGAUGCCAGAUUUUACGGCGCCUUCUAUGGAUCAAAUAUAUAAAUAUUUGAAGAUUGUGGAAGAAAGCAAUGCAAAGGGAGAAGCUGUUGCAGUUCAUUGUGCCCAUGGCAACGGAAGAACCGGUACAAUGCUGGCAUGCUAUCUAGUGAAAACCAGGAAGAUAUCUGGACAAGAUGCCAUUAAUCUUAUACGGGAAAUCCGUCCUGGAUCUAUUGAAGUAAUUGAACAAGAGAGAGCUGUCGUGCAAUUUUAUCAGCAUUAUAAGUCUAAUUUUUGAAUGUGAUGAGCAUAGAUUCAGAUCAUUUAAAACUUUAGAUUGAUACAGUGUAUACCAUGUUUUCUUCAUAGAAGCACAUGUUCACCAAAUAUUGUAUUUGCUGUAUAUUAAAUCAUUGAAAUAUUAUUUAAUUUGAUCUUAGAAACACCACUGUAAUUUACUUAAGCACAUGCACUGCUAAUAGAGCAAAUAUUGGUACAGUAAAUGCAAUUUUUCGGUUUAUGUGCACUUAUAUUAGAUUAAAUAUAGUACAUCUAAAUCGAUUAUGAAAAUUUACUAUAAAAAAAGGCUUCCUUCUAUAAAAGACUAUAAAAACAAAGUCAUUUUGAUAUGCUCUUGUGAGGGCAGUCUAUUCAUUGACCAAGCAUUUUGUUUAGAUAUGACCACAUGUACUUGGUUUCACCCUAUGAAUGCCAAUAUCAACUUGUGUACCCGGUAAUCUUUAAACAGAAUAUUGUGUGAGCAAUUAUGAUACUUCACUUUUUUUGUUGUUUUUUUCACACAAAUUAUAUUUGUAUCUUUCCACUGAAAUGCAGAAUGUGCUAUUUGUAAGCUUUUCCCAUUACAUAAAUCUAAACAAAACUAUUAGAUACAUUUUAACUUAUUCACAGUUGGAUUUCAUCCUGUCCUAAAUAUUACGGGUAAAUAUUAUUUUUUAUCUUUUUGAUAUUUAAAAACUACUGACAUUAUUUAUGCCAGGAACGGAUUUUUGAAUCUGUACAGAUUAUGAGGAAGAGUAAAAUAAUAUUCAUUUGUAUUAUAUAAUAGUAUUUAUUUGAAAGUAUACAUACUAGUUAAUAACAUUGUGGUUUUUAAUAAAAUGGUGUAUGAACAAGUUUUUAAUUUUGUUAUUAAUGAUUUAAUGCAACGUUGUUAGAUCGUUGUAAGACCUAAAAAAAAAAAGGUCAAUAGGAUUUUGUUUUAAAAAUUGGCUUAAUUAAGGAUGUUCUUUUAUUUGGAGUGUUCAUUCGAUUUUUUUUCUCUUGUUUGUCUAACAGAAAAUUGUCCAACUGACUUUCGUGAUAACCAGAAAAUAAAUAUUAAAAA